UCUCUCUCUCUUCUCCCUUCGCUCUCUGUCUGUCUCUCUCAUUUGACGGAGCCAUGUCCGACGAGGAGCACCACUUCGAGUCGAAGGCCGACGCCGGGGCCUCGAAGACUUACCCACAGCAGGCCGGCACCAUCCGCAAGAACGGCUACAUCGUCAUCAAGAACAGGCCCUGCAAGGUUGUUGAGGUUUCCACUUCUAAAACUGGCAAGCAUGGCCAUGCUAAGUGUCAUUUUGUUGGAAUCGACAUCUUUAACGGCAAGAAGCUUGAAGAUAUUGUUCCAUCAUCUCACAACUGUGAUGUUCCCCAUGUCACUCGUACUGAUUACCAGCUGAUUGAUAUUUCUGAGGAUGGAUUUUUGAGUCUGCUGACUGAGAAUGGGAGUACAAAGGAUGACCUGAGGCUUCCAACUGAUGAAGCUCUGCUUGCUCAGAUCAAGGAUGGAUUUGCUGAAGGUAAAGAUUUGGUUGUCACUGCUAUGUCCUCCAUGGGAGAGGAGCAGAUCUGCGCUCUCAAGGACAUUGGUCCCAAGUGACUGUACUCUAGUAUAUUCAUAAUGCUCAGAGCUGAUGGGAUGAUGGUUUCAGCUUUGCUUUUAUGUUGGUUGGACAACUUGGGGUUGACAUCUCUAGUGAUGGGUUAUUGAGAUGUGACCCCUACUUAUAAGAAGCGUUUUGGCAUUGAUUAUUUUGUUUAUGUGACACUCGUGUUCUCUGAAGAACUAUGUGGAUCAUUGCCUGUCU